AUGCAGAGGAUUGGAAGCAGAAAGGGUCAGAAGCUGUUAAAGUACUAUUGUCCUAGUGAUUUGACUGACAAUGUUUUAUACAACAAAUACUUCACCGAUAUCAAAUCUACAAAGCAUCAGACGACGAAUCUAGUUUGCCUGAUAGGUCUUUAUCUUUGCUGUGUAUUGUUUUUUGGCGACAAAAAUGCCAAUGGAGUGAACGCGAAAUAUCUUAGUAUCGUUGAAACUUAUGAUACGGUGCUCAAGGUGUCGUGGCCUGAUUUAAUACACGAGCACUUGUUUGAAGAGAUUCAUACUAAUCUUAGUUGUUUGUCAAAUGUGAAGGCUUGUGUGCAAUACCUACUGUUAUUGUUUGCUGAACACACGCCAGCAGGAUUAAUCCCGAAAGUUGAGAACCACGAGGAAGAUAUCCCGAGGGUUGGGAGAUGGGAUAUAUACCAGAUUUCUGAUUACAUUUGGAAAACAGACAUGACACAGUUUUCGCCAACUCCUAGCUUUGUGGCUGAGUUUUCACAGCUUGAGAAGCAGCUGGGUAUAUCAACCGAGGUACCCAGCAAGGACGACCUGCAAAGUUGGCUGAAAGCGCAAACUAUUGAGAAUAGCCAUCUGAAAGAGCAACUGCAAGAAAAGCAAGCAAUGCUUAAAGUAGUGUAUGCAAUUGCAAGAGAAGGGAUAUCAGAAGGGGACCUUUCAGGAACAGCGGAAUUCAAGAAAGUGUAA